UCAACUAUUCGGUUAACUCAUCAAUAAAUGUAGUGCAAAAGUAAUGCAGGUCAUUUAAAACUGGCAAAACAAGUUAUUUUCAGUGGUUGCGGAUGCAAAAAGUGAGUGCCUCUUUGGGGGUUUCGAAAAGGUCACCGACAGUUCACUGUUGCUGGCAGAUUCAAAUCUGUUGACGCGUAAAGUCUUCUCGAUUCAUUUUCUGUGGUAGUGCUGCUGCUGUUGCUCUGUUCUUUGCUAUAAGCUUUUGUAGUUACCUUAGCCAGGUAUGCCGUUAAGGUGUCUUUAUUCAACGAGUAAAUAAAACAGCAGAUGGAAUGUUGUGUUGUUGAUUAUGAAACCUCAUUUUCUGAGGUGUAGUGCAGUGCAGUGAGAAUGAUUCGUGUGUGCAUGCAUCUAGCAUAGUAUCUUUGAGGAGCUGGCAUAAAGGGCGGGCGUUGCCAGUCAGUGCUUGGGGGAAUCGCAGUUUGGUCGUAAAUUGCGCUGUAACGCAUAGCCGAAGUGAUCAAACAGUUUGUUUUUAUAAUACGAAAUGUCGUUUAUCAGCUUAAAUAGAUGUGGAGCUAUGAAUCAGUGGCUGGAAAAGUGAAAACUGUUUUCGUUGUGCAUACAUCGAUUGUCGUUGCGUGCGUAAAUUGUGAAGCAAUUGCCAUACUCAUAUCGUGGUUGUACGAUAAUUGCAUUGGAAAACACAUUCAUUCGGGGCGUGGAUCUAUCGCUUCAUGCUCGAACCUAUAAUACUCAGAAGAUUGCAAGUAGCUCCUCAAACAGAAGAAUCGAAGCUGAAUCAUCAUGCAAUACUCAGUGCUUCAGUCUUCAGUCUGUCGCGUUCCGCGAUAAUGGUGCCACACGAAACAGCAAAUGUGACGAUAAAUUGCCACGGCUCUCUCGAAAGAUCAACCGUACGAGUUAAUUGGUAACGGAAAUCGUGCCAGUGAAAAAAGAUUAUAAGUGUAUCGUGAAAGAAGAAUCGAAACGAGAAAAAUGAAUCGAAAAUUCGUCGAAAGUGAUAUAAAUUUCAAUUCGAAACGACCGACUGUGACCGACAGUGUAGAAAUGCUUCCUCCGAAGCGACUUUGUUGGAAGAAUCGCUGGAAGAUUCGGUGUUCACGGGCAUUUCUCCUAGGAGUUGUAGUGUUAGUGUUUAGCAGUGUGACGAUUUGUGAUGGUCAAGAAUUUGGUGAAAGUAUCGAAAAUCAUCCGGAUCGCGAUUUCGAGCAUAUUUCCGCACUAAGCAAGGAGAUUUUUACCAAUCACAUACCGACCAGUGAGAGUGGAGGUGACGACGAUGAGUCACGGUACCAGUUCGAAAAUGUACCCGUCGGGUCGAACGGUGGUGGUGAUCACUAUACGGAAAUUGCGGGGGAUGUAGUGCUCGGCGAAAAGGUUCUGCGCGCUACCGAGAGUCCAUACUUGCUGAGGACCGAUCUGGAGAUCGAAAAACGGGCGAGGUUAAUCAUCGAACCGGGGGUCACGAUUCAUUUCGCACCCAUGGUCGGCAUUACCGUGCGAGGGUCGUUGAUGGCUUUGGGUACAUCGGAGAGCAAAAUAAUUUUCACCUCGUUACCUAACUCUGGCUAUAAGGAUGUCGUAUCGGAUCCUAGGGAGGUCGGAGCGCGACUGGUUGAUGGACCGAGUCCUCUGAUUGGUCGAUUGCAGCUUUUGAACAAUGGAAAAUGGCGUUCCGUUUGUACGAACUCAAAAAAUUGGACAAUAGCCGACUACGAGACCACAUGCCGGCAGAUGGGUUACAAAGGCGGUCGGUUCUGGAAUUGGAUGGAUCGCAUUCAAAACUACGAACCGAGAUUGCUGUAUGAGGAUCCAAGAUGCUCAGGAAUUGAAAAGGGAUUGUUUGAGUGCGCCUGGAGUUCGAGACAGAUUGGAUCGGGAGUUUGUGACUAUCACAGCGAUAUUGGUGUUCAGUGCUUGGCCCUGUUCGAUCAAGUAACUCCCCAUUGGCGAGGCAUUCGAUUCGAGAACGCUGAGAGCAAGGAAACGCUUGCGCACAAUCAUAUACUGUACGACUUUAUAUCUUUAUCGGAGCUAAGGAAUGUCGAGAUUAUUCGAGCUGGAACAGGACGAGGUGGCAGCGCUGAAGCUGCUAUAUCGGUUAUUGGGACACCCCCCAUUCUGGACCACGUGGUUAUCGAUCAUUCCUCGUUCACGGGAAUUAACAUUACCAAACACGAUGCAGCAUUUAUUUUCAAAGAUGUAACUGUACGAAGAAGCAGAGGAUUCGGAAUAUUCGUUAACUCUAGCUACGGUUCUACGUUACUCGAUGGGGUGACUAUUAGCGAGAAUGGAGCUGACGGCAUUCGCUACGUGGGUCACGAUUUACGAGCGAGCGAGCGAACGGACCGCAGUAAAGUGUUUGACUUUUGCACUCUUACGACUACGGCAUGGCAAAUCUAUCCGCUGCAUUUAUCAUUUGAGCAGUCCCAAUUUGCCCUAUCCCAUAAGCAGUGCGCUCAAUCUUUAACGACCGGGUACGGUUAUGUGCUUACGUUCCAUUUUGUCUACUUUGAAAUGGCUCGAAAUGAAAGUGCUGUUGUUCAAAUUUAUGAUGGAAUGUCGGAAAACGAUCGCCUGCUGGCAUCUUGGAACAUUCGAAACUCAACUAGACCACAAAGUGUAACCAGUACAAAGGAGAAAAUGUUUAUCAAAUUUAGAGCAGAUCCUAGGAGUCAGGUGCUAGCACAUUUUCGCGUGACAGCCGGGGUUACGAAAGCGUAUGAUCUCAACGUAACGCAAGCCACGAUCGUUGACAACGGAGGUCGUGGUAUUGCUAUCGAUAAUCUCCGAUCGCAGGUUCACGUUCACGCUUCAACGAUCUCAAACAAUAAGCACGCAGCAGGUCUGCAUGUCACCAGUGGUGCCGGCGAUGUGAAUGUGACCGACUCGAAGAUCAGUUUUAAUGUUGGCGACGGUAUCAACAUAACCUACUACGGUGGAAAUCGGAACAUCUCCCGGAGCUCAGUGAGUUCGAAUAGGGGGUAUGGAUUUGCCGUUUGGUUGAACCAAACCACCAAAGAUCGGCAGGAGUUCCUGGAGUUCAACCAAACCACCACGAUCGAAUACUCAAAUAUCGUAAAAAAUUUGGAGAUUUCCAUUUUACACGGUAACUACUGUGGAGAUUCGUGGGUUAACAUAACCGGAAAUUGGUUUAACGACAGCACUAACAAUGCAAUAGAUAUUCAAUCGUGCUGGUUUGAUACGAUCGAUAAGAGAAGACUGAGACUUCAGAUUGGCCAUAAUACAUUCGAGCAUUUGAGCAAGAUUGGGAUCGUGAUUAGUCCGAUCCUCAACUUAGAGGGAAAAAUAGAGUACAAUCAUUUUCUGAAAGGUAAAUAUGGAGCUUUGUUAACAAGGAACAAACCGUGGGAGGAAUUUAGGCAUCUUCCAGUGCGUUUGGUGGUGCAGCACAAUCACUUUAUGUACAAUAAAGGCAUUUACGUGGUAUCUCUAGGAUUGUCCCCGAAUACGGACAAUAAAACUCAAUGGUUACUGUUCACUAGGAACUUCGUCAAGGGUAACAGAAUUCAGGAGACGUUCGGUCCUCUUGAAGACGAAGGUGAAGGUUUGGGUGGUGAAGGUCGUCUAAAUCCUAGAUCACGUGUAGCAGCACCAGUGGUGAUAUCAUCCAACAACGUUGACGUAUACCGCAAUAUCAUCUCAAAUUAUGAGUCAAAGUAUGAAGUUGGAUCUCAACUCUCGGAUCAAAGUAAGGCUUUGAACGUGACCUACAAUUGGUUGGGAUACCAAGAAGAGGAGAGGAUCUACGAGCGGCUGUUUCAUCGUAAGGACCGAUAUGAUCUCGCCAAAAUUGAAUACUUCCCAUACCUGUUGCAUCAUUCCAAUCCCGGGACGCAAACCAUUGCUCAGUACGCUAAGUUUGUACCAUUCUUCUACAAGGAAGGUAGCGAUCGAAUCGGUGGAGAAGUCGAUGGUCAGGAAAUACUUCCUUCCGGUAGCUAUACCGUGGAACGGGAUAUUAAUGUUCGACCGGGUGGAAAACUGAUCCUUAACUCCGGUGUGAUUCUAAACUUUGCACCUAGUGUAGGUAUGAUGGUGACUGGAAAGCUGGAAGCUCGUGGUCGUAAGCCCGAUGACAUUCUAUUCACACUGAAGCGUGAAGCCGUCAUGACCGAUAAUGAUACCACGGAAGCCAUCAUGGUUGAUCCCGAUAUGGCAAUGGACAUUGAAACGGAACGCAUCACGGAUUUGGAAUCUACCGAACCGCAAGUGCCGAAAGUUCCUGUACGUUUGGUUGGCGGUGCCAGUGAUCAUGAGGGUAGAUUGCAGAUCUACCUUGAAGGUCGCUGGGGAACGGUUUGUGACUACGGGUGGACAAUGAUUAAUGCGGCGUUAGUUUGUCAUCAGCUCGGACUUGCUCUUAAUCCACUGGAUUGGAGAUUGCAGCGAUCAGAAGUUCCAGGUGCUGGGACUUCUGAGGAUGUGCUCCUUUCAAAUGUACGCUGCACUGAGCAUGACAUCGACAUAACCGAUUGUCGUGCAGAACGAGCGUCACAGGGUGAGUUUGAAAAUUCCUGCAAUCAUGAGAGUGACGUUGGCGUCAGGUGCUACGAAGGUGCGUGGGCUGGUUUGCGGUUCGGAGUGCUAGCGGAACGAGCGGACCUUCAGUACAUAACCAUCGAAAAGGCUGGCUUGUUUGACUACAUGACCAAUACCUUCAAACCGGCACUGCAGAUGGAUUUUGCACGUCACAAUUUGGACAGUAUAAGAGUGGUGGAGAAUCUUCAAGAUGGCUUGGGUGUCAUCUAUUCUGAUAUUUAUGCAGGAUCCUCUGUCAACAACAUAAAAAACUCGGAGUUUUCGGCCAACCGAGGUAACGGGAUCAGUAUUAAACAGCUGGGUCUGAAAGUGCACGGAAGCAUCAUCAAAGACAAUAGAGGGUCAGGUAUCAGUCACGAUUCUGUAGUGUCGGCUAUGGAGCAGCGAGAGAUCACAAGUUGGUUCAACAUGGUGCCCGAUUUUAACAUUGAUGAUUCGGAUUAUCGUCCAAUAAUGCUACCGCGGGACUCGCAAAACAUCGACAUCGACCAGUGGCAGAUCAAACACAUUAUCACGCAACCCGUAAACGAAGAACCAGUAGAAAAGCUAAUAACAAUCCGAUGCCAGCCGGGGUAUGUUAUCGGUAUCCAACUGUUGAACCCAAUUGAAAACCGAUCCACCGAAAAUAUUUGGAUUUACGACUCCCUUGCUGGAAGCAGCAAUUCUGACAUUUGGCAGGUGAAGCGAGAUAUUUCAGCAUUUCCUCUAACGACAAGCAGUUACGGAGCAAUUCUUCACUACAAAAGCGGUCACAAUGCCUUGGGAGGUACAGUCCUGGUUCUGCGUUCUAUUCAGGCUCCCGUUCAGAACAUCUAUAAUCGAAUCGUUCGUGGUCCGGUACCCACGUUACAGAUUACGGCAACAAAAAUUCAACGAAACUUUCGCGGCCUCACCGGAACCUACUACAAUCGAUACCUUGGCGAAAAGAGCGAACUCUAUCUGCGUAAGGCAAAUGAAUCGAUGAAGUUGGUUAACUGUGAAAUCAGUCACAACCGGCAGGAGGCGAUUUUUAUUAACUCGCCGUUCUGGGAUGUGCACGAGAGCAAUAUUUCGGAGGUAACGAUUCAUGUUAACAACAGUAUGAUUCGUGAUAAUGGACGAGGGAUACGACAGUUUUCGAGGGAUCUUCGAUCGUCCAAUAAUUUGUUCCACUAUGUGCUGCAGGAUACGACCAUUGAGAGUAACUCUUUCGGCGGGUUGGAGCUGAGCUUGCCGUAUGUGUGGCAGUAUAACGAGAAUUUCACCCAUUCGGUGUUCCUUGGAAACGAUACUUGGGUUAGAAAUCGGCGUUUCGGAAUAGUGAUAGAUGGACACUACGCUGGGGUUAAUAUUUCUUCGAACAUUUUUAUGGAUAAUGUUUGCGCUCACGGAUUGAUUGGCUUGAAAGGUAUGGAGAAGAAGCUACGAAUUGAUAACAACCGGAUUGUGAAAAAUUCCGGAAAGUAUCUGGUGGAAUUCAGAUCGGACAGUCAGAGUGAGAUCCUCGGUGAAAUUCCGGCAAUCUUUGCCUUCAAUCACAUCGAAGGCAAUGAGAAAGUGAUUUCAACCCGGUCGGAAAUGAGGAACUUCAUUCGGGGAGAUCGGGGCAAUGCCAAGGAUCCGACCUGUGUGAUUGGUUUUGGAGGUAUUCAAAAGGUUAAGAUCUACCGAAAUGUGAUUUUCAACAACCAACAGGAUUAUGAUUUAAUUGCUGGUAUCAAAUCGGCUAGAUUGAAUAGUUUCGUUGAUGUUCGGGAAAAUUGGUGGGGAUCACAGGAUGAAGAGUACAUCAAAGCACGAAUUUUCGACUUUGAUGAUUGGAAUAAUCAUGCGGAGGCACAGUAUAGGCCGUAUUUGAUUGAGGACAAUAUCUACGGAAGUGAGUCGGUGACCAUCUCGAAGAACAGAACUGUCGAUCUGGAUAAUCUUGGCGGGAGAAUUUUGGAGGAUAUUUCGAUCUACCGAAGGGAGCAACCGUAUGUGAUCAAGGCGGAUAUCACCAUUAUGCCUGGAGUUACGAUGAAUAUUUACCCGGGAGUUGUUAUGGAGUUUGCUCCGAAUGUUGGAAUUCUAGCUUUGGGAACAUUGAUCGCUCGAGGCACUCGCGAUGGAGAAAUUGUGAUGAAGCCUAUUGAAAAUGCGUUGGAGCAAAUAAAUCGCGUGGAAAGAUCCAUGGAAAAUAUGGUCAACUAUGAUUCUAUCCGUCUGUGUACCAAUAGGAAUUGCUCGGGAAGUGACCAAGAGAAUGAAAAAAUCCGGGAAGGAUUCUUGGAGUAUUACAAUCACACUACGUUACAGUGGAUUCCUAUUUGUGAUCGUCGAUUUACUGAGCGUAACGCUCAAGUUGUGUGCCGAGAGCUUGGAUAUGAUCCACUAGACAUCUUUAUAGGACAUGAUCGCAGGAUCGAAUUCCACACGAACUCACUGACACGAAUUUGGACUUGGGUGGAACCAAUGGAAUGCCAUGGCGAUGAGCUGCGUUUGGAAGAAUGUCCGGAGCGGUUGAACGGUCAGUUGUACGGUAGGCGUCACGAGUGUCAAUGGUUUUCGGACUUCGUGUUCAUCAGUUGCAACGGGGAGCCGGAGGAGAGAAACUACUGGGGCGGAGUUCGAUUUGCUAACCCCGAUUUUGAAGCCAGUAUGUACGAGCACAGGAUUCAUGAUGCCAUCACUCAUUCAAACUCCAGACGGAUCGAGAGUAUUAUGGAGUUUGUUCGUAUCGAACGAGCUGGAAUGCUGCAUGGGGAGAAAUCCCCCUCAGUUCAGACUAUAGCGAAGAAUCCCAGCAUCAGUUUCGUAUCAAUUCGAAAUAGUGCUCAUCACGCUGUGAACUUGGUUUCGCCAAGUGAUACGAUUCAUUUGAACUUCUUGAACAUCUACAGAGCUCUGGGACAAGGAAUCAAUGCGAUUUCUUUGACAGGAGAAGGACGGGAGAGUGACGAAUCCAGUUACAGUCCGUUGAAGGAUCUGGAUCUUCCGUAUAAUUUGUUCUCGAUGAUUGAUAUCUGUGAUACCAAUAAGGAGAUCACUCUUGAGGAACGGGUUCUAGUAUACUACAAAUAUGACAACAACCCUGUCAAUUGUGUCAAAAUCUUCAAAAGUGCGUACCGAGUUAAACCACUAGGUUUUCGUCUGUUGCAAUCGAAUUUGUUCAAUCACUCGAAGGAAUACGGACGCAGGGAUAUGAUACAACUGAUGGACGGUGAUAUCUACAAUAUCUCAGCGAAAGUAAUUGGCGUUGUUGAUGCGGAUUCCUUGAACCAGAAGCGAUUGUUUAAAACGGAAGAGCCUGCAUUGAGUGUUCGACUGAUCGCCAGUGGAGCUCCGUCACGUCACGGAUUCAUAGCUGAGGUUGUCACGCUGCCUAUUUCCGCCAUUGGCUUUAAUCGUGAUGCGCAGCAUAAUAUAUCUAACUCGGAUAUUCAGGAAUGUGUUGGAGGCGGAGUGCACUACGUUACUGUUGGUGAAGUUUCUCCGACUUUGACCAUGGAACGAAAUCGAUUCGUCAGAAAUUGUCGUCAGUUGUAUGGAAACUUCUCUUCGUGUGAGGCUACCAUAAGGGCAGAUGUUCAGAAUAUGCAGUCGUUAUACUUCCGAAAUAAUCUUGUUCAGGAAAAUCAGGGAGGUUUAUCGAUACGGGCUGAUUCGCGAGGCUCUGCAACAUCGUUGCGUGGAUGGAUUCACAACAACCUGUUCGUAAGGAACCGCAAUCGACCUGCGCUGUACGUCGAGGGUCGUCAGUCUUCUCCCUAUCAGGAGGUAACGGUGCACAACAAUUACAUCACGCAAAACGACGCUGCCUUCCGGGAUGUAGCAGUGCUCCGUCAAGUCGUAUCCAAUUUUAGCUUCAACUACGUGCACAGUAACAAGGGUGGUCGAAUCAUAGAGGUGUCCGGGUUCGAUAGGGUACGGUUACCGAUUUACCAAACUACGUCGCACAAUGGAUUCUAUGAUAACGUGGCAACAGACUGGAGUGGAAGAGCGACAAUUGUAGCUGGAACGGCCGGGCAACAUUACGUGGAUAACAUCUUUGCUAAUCCGGACAACGACUACGAAAUGAUUACUGUGAAUCGUUCCAUAUUUGAAUUCCAAUACUGGAAUAGCACGUUGGACGUUUGGAAGACCAAAAUCGACGCAAAGCUAAACUACUGGAGUUACAAUGGAACGCUGGCCGUCGGGUCCCGUAUUCGGGAUCGCUUCGACGAUCCCCAGCUGCUGGAGGUCCAAUACCUACCGCUACAUAUGAACAACCUAACCGUGCUGGACGGGAAGUGUCCUCCGGGCUGGACACUGCUGAUCGACACCUGCUACAUGUACGUUGGCGCUCCGAUGAGCUUCCGGGAGGCGCGAGAAUUUUGCCGCUCGGACAACGCUUCACUGCCGUUCGUUCAUGGUGAUCUUACCCCGCUGUGGUUCUUCCUCGAGCAGCAGUCCCGCUAUCUGCGGUCGGCGGAAAAAGUAUGGAUCCAGGAUCCGAACUACAUCGAUCGGUGUACGUCGAUUAUCUAUCGCAAUGUGGAAAUCGAAGAAUGCCACCAACGGCACGCAUUUUUGUGUGAAAUUGACCCGAAGGUUCAAAUUGAUCCUCUAUUCUGGAAAGCGGAUGCAGUAGCGGUCGCUAUGCUUACGGCACUGAUUUUGGUAUUCGCUCUACUGUUGUGCAUUUGCAUCUGUUGGAUCUAUAAGUCACGCUAUCGGCAGUCGCAACGAUUGCAACGAAGAAACAGCAUUCGGCAGAGUAUGCGCAGUUUGAACAGCAUUGAUCCGCAGGGAUCAAUAAGGAGACGCAAUUAUGUUGUUUCCCGUUCGACAGAUACGCUCAAAUCAGUCACCACCGGUACAACAGACUACAAGAAAAUGGCCUCUAAUGGAUCGAUUGAAUCCGUGGAUAAAAGCGUGCUGAGCUCGGAAACCAACUAUGACACGUAUGAUAAGCACAAUCAAUCGUACAACAACGAGUACACCGAACAGCUGAAGAGUCAGUUGGGAUACAGCGACGGAACAGCCAACGGAGGACCGGAUUUUAUGCAGCAUUCGAAUGGUAACAGUCCUACUAGGACCAAAGUGUACGGACUGCCCGAGUAUAGCUCCCAUGGUAGCACAGCGUUUGAGUUAGCAUUCCGCAAUGAAGGCUUUCGGGAUACCUCGACCACUUAUUCCGGUGUAACACGGAAUAACUCAAUCAGUACGGUCAUCAACGAAGAUACUCCCAUCAUUCACCAUCCAGGGGACAACGACGAUGGAGGAUCUGAUUUCUAUGGCAAUUCAAGCACACUUCCUAUUAGAGUAAAGGGUGACAACCUAUCAUUCCUAAAUGAACUGAAAAAUCGCCUGCCAGAGUAUGCUCCACUGCCACCAACUAAUGGCCAUAGCAGCUUCCUACCAUUGACACCGGAGCAUCCGGUCAAUGGUUCAACUCCACCGUCAUACGAUCCGGAAAAAGAUCGUCAAAAUUUCAACCCUCCACACGAGUACCAACAACCGACGGUCCAAGUACGUAAUCCGAACGCAUUUGACCUGCCACCUCCCAGCAGUGAUGCCAGAGAUAUUCGUCGACCGGCGUCGUACAUGAAAGCUGUCAAAAAGUACGCCACGCCCGGGAGAGAACGAGAAUCCAUCAUUCCGCCACCGCGUGUCGAUAGCAAUGGCAGCCGGCGGCCGCGAACUGUUUACGAAGCGUCCAGUGAACCUCAGGAAGCGGCGCGCUCUCAGCCACCACCGAUUCCGGCUUCACCUCCGAGGGCCAGCUACGCCAGGUCCAAAUCGGAAGCUCUGCUGGAAACUAACUUUGACGAAGCGCUACCGCCUAUGCCGAGCAUGCUCAGCUCGGACAGUCGCAGCUAUUCGCAACCCCUGGAGACUGCUAUGUAAAAUUCCGAUCAUCAUCCGAUUUUGGCGGUCUGAAGGAGGAUUCGAAACAAUUACAAAAAUGUUAGUCAUAUUUGCAAUUUACGACAAUUUCACAGUGAGCUCUAGCUGCAUUGCAUCGAAUAGUAAUUAUUUAAACGAUUAGAGAUCAUAGUUAUAUUUUAAAAUAAGAGUAAUAUUGUAGACCUGUUCUGCGAGUUCAGACUGUUUCUAUAUAUGCGGAACUUUAGAGAAAGCGCUCUAUUUAAAGCUUUUCAAAGCAUUGCGAAAGCUGCGUAACCAUGGCGACAUUUGCGGCCAAGGAUAGUAUUAAGAUAUUGUAGCAUAACAUAACUAGCAUUUGUAAGGUUUCAUGUGCUUUUGCUCGCUUGCGAGAAAAGGUUCAAGCCAGGAAUCAUUCCGUACUAUGUGCAUUAGUCGAACUAAAGUGUCUUAGCUUGUGCUUUCGGCGUAAGCGGAAACGUUCAUUCUAUGUUGUAUAUAAGCUAGAUAAGCAAUAGAAUAAAAUAGAGUUUAUUUUAACAUUCAGUAUAUUAGAUUAUUCGGGAGACGUGUUUUCAAAAUAACAAACUGAUCAUAUGCGAUCGAGAAAAAGCCUUGAACGGGGAUGGAAACAGCAUGGAAAAUUGCUGGUGAUAAAUAGGUAGUAGUAAUUAAACUGAUGGAACAAUUAUGAGCAGUAAUCAAAUCGUUAUGACGAUCAAGUUCUCAGGCAGCAGUACUAAGAAUAACAGAAAGUGUUCCGCUUACAUUCCGUAGACAGACGAUGAAACGAUAAUCAUGUGGCACUAUUACAGUUGUGCACGUCAAAAUAGUCUAAUCACUAUGAUUGCAAGGCCACCGUAUCAAAUACGGACGUACUGCACUUUUACUACAGAGAAGACCGGAUUCCGUUUUGCCUGAAAUUGAUUUGAAACUUGAUUUUACUGGAAAAGUACACCGAACGUUCGUAUUUGUCAUUCAAUUGUAGUUUGUAAAUAUUCCAAUCCAAAUGGAGAGACUAUCAAUACAAGAUAAUCAGAAUAAAGUUUCGAGAUGAGCUUGAAUUUUUCCAUACACUCUCGCCGCUGUACUAAUGAAUGAUACCUCAUUUUGCAUCACAGGCAUAAUUUCGCUUUUGUACCGUCCAAUAAUUUGUGUAUUCUUAUUGGAAUACUUUCAUAUAGUUUUAGUUUCAUCAAUUAAUGGCAAUAACAGUAACAAUAAGAUGACCAACCGCAUGUAAUGUAAGGUGAUACGAACAGAAGUACAUAUAGUUUUUGUUACAGGAUUGUUUCCGGGAGGAACAGACUGCUAACAGGAGAACAACACAAAUAAAACCUCAAUG